CGCCACCAUGUCGCAGCCUUCGCUCACCAACUUCAUUGUCAAGCGCCCCUGGUUGAAGCGCUGGAUGACCCCUCUCGCCAACUGGUACACCGACGCCGCUGGCUACAGAAAGUUGGGCUUGAGAGCCGACGACCUGAUUCCUGAGGAGUCCGAGACCGUCCUCCUCGCCCUCAAGCGUCUCCCGCCCAAGGAGGCCUACGACCGUGUCUUCCGCAUGCGCCGCGCUUUCCAGUGCUCCAUCUCACACCAGCUCCUCCCCAAGAACGAGCAGACCAAGCCCGACGAGGAUAUCCCAUACCUGAGCCCUAUCAUCAAGGAGAUCGAGGCCGAGCGCAGAGAGAGAAUGGACCUUGACGCCAUGGUCAUCAAGAAAUAAUCGCCCCAACCCUUUCAUCUGCUCGCAUUCCCCGAGUCGCCGCCGCUUUCAUGUACUCUAUACCUUUAGAAUGUCCAAAACCGCUUUUUCCUUUGACUCGAAAAGAUUAUACAAGAAGAGCCAAUUCUUACUCUGUUUCUACAACUCUCUUGUGUACCUCGCAUAGUUGCAUCGCGCUAU